AUGAAAGUUGCGGUACGAUUUCUUGCCAAGAACAAUGUCGACUCCGGAUGGCUUACUCAUCUCGAGCAUGUCAACCAAUUCCUAGAGACAUUGAGUAGCGACGAGGUGCUCUUGGAUGCAGCAGGAAUGCUGGCCGUUGCAGCCCAGACGAUCGACGUUAUGGACAACACCACGUUGCAGUUGGUGAACGAGGCGGUGGACACAAACAUUGUCCAAACAUUCACCGACGACGAGCCACGCAUCACAUUGAUGACCGAUUUCGUAUCACAGAACUUCGUUUGGGCCUAUAACGAUCGAAAUGGAGCGCUUCUCAAGAAGCUGCAGCCGUAUUACUUUGAAAUUAUCACCUUUAACGAGUUGGCUGCCCAGGUGUACCAAAAUCAGACGUCGAUUCCUCGAAGCCAUAUAGUCCCCGAUCCGAAUUAUGGGGACGAUACAAAGGACAUGGUGACACUUUGUCCUUUGAAGAAGACCUCGGUACCAACCAUCAUGAUCGUCAUCAUCGGUACCUGCGCCGGUGCAGUGCUGAUCCUCACAUCAUCGCCAUACUGUGCUCAUUAUCGCUCAGAAAGUACCAUGUGGAUGGAGAAGCUGAAUCGCUUCCGAUCGCAUCAUGAGGGGGACAAAGGAGGCAGAGGACGACGACCUAAUCGAUGGAACAUAUCAUAG